AUGAAAAAAAUAAUUCAAGAAUUGAAAAAAAAUCUAAGUGAAUGUGACAUACUAUUAAGAAUGCUAGAAAAAGAAAGUAAAUGUAUUACUAUUAACAUAAAACUUGCUAAUGCAUUAUAUGAUGCAAAAGUAGAUAAAUAA